CUUAAAGACGAACGGAAUUCGAGGUUAACCUGCACUCCGAAAUCCGACACACGAUCUGAAAAUUGCAUUCCCCCCUUUUUUAGCUCUCUAUUAUUUGAGGCGAUGGACAGUCACCUGUUUUUGGUUUUGACGUUAAUAGUCUUGGCGGAGGCGAAUCUUGGAUUCUUGGGCCCAACGAUUCCGCAACGGUCCUUACGAGAGAUUGUUAACAAAAGGAGACAGUUGAGUUAUAUCAAAAAUAUUCUUCAAGAUCUCGACAGCAAGCUCGAAAAAUUGGAGAAGCGAUCGUGUGCCAUCAAUCUGCCUGGCAUGGACUGCGACUACGGUGACGUCACCGGAACAGGAAAAGACCAAGACUUUUGGCUGAGCCGAAUGGCUCCUGGAAAGAAGCGCAGGUAUCGUCGGUCUCUGCAGUACCUUCUUUAAACUUCAACAGAAUAAUAAAGAGUCUCCUCCAAACACCCCUUCACUGGCGUCAUUAAACGUUCUUCAUUUUGGCUUAGAGUUCGAAUUUCCUAUGUGAUUUUUCUUAUCAUCGAUUUGUAUUACUUAACCUAAGCAAAAACUCAUCAUAUCUUCCAAAUUUGGAGGCCAUUUUCUAAUAAAAUGCAAAUAUGGCACUUAUUUUUAUUUGAAUAUGCACCCUGUUUUAAUCCCUGAAAAAUACAUUUUUUAAAAGACUAAAAUAUUCUUGGCAGUUAUUAUAACACAUAUUCUGUCACCGAUGAACAUUUCACUGAAUUGCUGAAAGAAAUUUCGUUAAUUCUGAAUGUAUUUAAAAAAAUUAAAUAAAACUCUGUCAUAAAAUAAGGAAUCUUGAAAGUUAUGUUUUUGAAAGUUACAUAUAGAUCUAGGUAAAAAAUAUCUAUCAAGCCUUUAUGAAAUGCUAAGCGAAACGUUAUGUGUGCAACUGUAAUGCAAAAUGUGAAUAAACUAGCAAAAAUACGUUUGUUCCAAAGUUUGUAAUUAUUCUAUGCAACAUUAUUUAUUGUUCUAUGUAAUAAAUUGUAUUUUACCCUA